CUUUCUAUUCUGUAUAUAAAUAAAUAUCAUAAAUAAUUACAAGCAUCUACAUAUCUAUUUAUUUAUACAUAUAUAAAAGAAAAAAGUAAAAUAAAUAUGGGUCUCUUUAAUGAUGAUAUUCAAAAGACCUCUAUUUCUUUAUACAUCGAGAGAUUAUCUAAUCUUGAUGAAAUCGAUUGGUACCUUUUAGAACAAUUAAGCGAAUGUAUUCAAAUGCAAGAAAAUGGGCCAAGAGAAGCUAUUGAAACAAUCAGAAAAAAGCUUAAACAUGGCGAUACUCAACAAAAGUUAAGGGUUCUUGAGGUUCUCAAGUUACUUAUGGAAAACAGUAAUCAACAAUUUCGUAGACAAUUUAUUGCCAAUGAAAAGAUGAAAGAAAGAUUUGAACUUAUUCUUGUAUCCCCAGGUGAAAAUGCUGCAGUUAAAAAAGAACUUGUUUCACUUUUAGGCGCAUGGUUAAUCAAAUACAAGAAUGAAGCAAGUAUGAAAUCUUUAAGGGAUUUAUAUGAAAUGGGGAUAGGUAGACGACAUAGUCGACCUAGAGCUAAUACAGAUACAGUAAAUCAUCAAAGACCUUCCAUACAACCACCCAGUCAUAGACAAACUGACACAUCUCCUUCACCUCCUUCAACUAUCAAUGACAAUAGACGUGCACUAUUACCUGUUUCAGGGCCUAGUGAAACAGUUGAAAAACCGAAAAAUACAAAACCACGUAGUCAUAGUUCAGCCCCUAGAAUAAAUCAUUCAUCUUCAACGACACCUACGAGAGUUUUUAAUUUUGAGAAGGCUAAAUCAAAGAUCCUUGAAGAGAUCGCAGUUGCCAAUAGUAAUUCAAAUAAUUUAAUAAAUGCACUCAAGUUGAUAAACACGAAUGAGGAUAGAUGGGAGAUUGAGUUACAACAUGAUAAACGUCUACAAGAAUAUCAUGAAAAAUGUGAAGAAUCAAGACGAAUUAUUGUGAGAUAUGCACGAUUAGUAGAAGAUGAAGAAUGGAUUGGAACAUUAUUAAGCACAAACGAAGAACUUUUAAAGGCUUUGGAUAUGUAUGAUAUUAUGUUAACUGGUGAAAUACCUGCUGUUUGGUUGAAUCAACAACAACAACAAAGUCUAUUCUACUGUGAACCACUAAAAGCAAUUCGUGCUCCUCCACCACCGCCACCUCCCACAACUUUACAAAUUGAAACCUCUUUUUCAAAUAUGCAAUUAACAAAAAGAAAAGAGAAGGAAGAAGAAGAAGAAGAACGCGACCCUUUUGCAGAUCCAGAUACACCUAUUGAUGAGGAUGAGAAUCGAAGGUAAUAUUAAAAGAAGAGAGAGAGAAAAGGAAGAUAUUCAACUUGAAUAGCUGCUAACAUGACUUUUUUUUUAUACAGAGAUUAUUUAUAUUAAAGGGAUCUACAUUAUGUAAUAAUAAAGACAAAUUAUACGCGAAAAAAAAAAAAAAAAA